CAGCCGCAGCACGGCAAAGUAGCUGCUAGGCCGUGCUAAGCGAGGCGCAAGCUGCAAGUGGAGUCCGUGGCGCUACGAUUACGGCGUGGUCUUUAUCAGGCCCACCGUACGGCGUACGGACAUUACGCCCAUGUGUUGUACCCGUCCUUGUCCUGUGUUGAUCUGUGAACUAGAUGUAGUGCCCCAUCCUUUGUCCCAUAAGCUGGCUAUCUUUCGUUCAGCUCUCACUCACGUUUCGUUCUUUCCUCUUCCCUACUCGUAGUCGUUCUUUGCUAUUCGAGCCAUCUCAAUUUAUAUCGGGAAACAUAAACCUCAACUCUGGAGCGAAGAUUCGUCAUGUCGAAUUCAAGCUUCUUCGAUUUCCACUGCCCAACUGGAGGGAAAUGGUAUGCUUGCGCGACCGGGAGCAAGUUCGUAGGAUGUUGUACCACCGACCCAUGUGGUGCCAACGGGUGUGUACAAGGUAACAUUCGUGCGGGUGGGUAUAAUGUAUCGCACCACGGAGAAUGGCCUGACGCUAGCUGUGGAAGUGCCAGCGAUUUCUUCACCUGCAAUGCUGCGAGUACGUUCUGGGGCUGUUGCAAGGUCACUGGCGACACGAAUCCAUGUAAUUCGACCCCACCAGCGACAUGUCCUCAAGGCAACCUGGUGCCUGCAUUCCUGGAGCGACCGGAGCAGUUCCAGGCCUACACGAGCGCAACGUCCUCCUCGAGCGCAACGCCAACCUCAAAGAAAAGCAAUACAGGUGCAAUCGCUGGUGGCGUAGUCGGAGGAGUAGUUGCUCUUGCCAUCAUCGGCCUGAUUAUUUUCUUUAUUCUUCGUAAAAAGAGGCGUGCCCAAAAUGAGAGCGCAACUGCAAUGUUGCCGAUGACUAGCGAAAAGCCGGAUGGAGCAAGGGGAUCGACACAAUAUGGCGGUCAAUCACCGCCGCCUACAUACACCGCUCCCAACCAGGAAUACUACCAAGACGCGUCUCCAAACAAAGGCCCCUACCAGCAACGGUACGCCAACAUGAUGGACGGUCCUCAAGAGCUGCCGGGGGAGGUGCCAGCUUCCAACGAACAUAGAUACUCAGAACUUCCUGCAGAAUCGUCGAGUAGCGCGGGUAACCGUCGGUUCUCAGAACUUCCUGCUGGAGCAACACGGGUGUCAGAACUCGAAUCACCGGAAACCUCUCCACGUCCUUUGCAGUCAGAAUUCUCGACAGAUUUGGCGAAACGAGUAAAUCAGGAGCAAGGGUUAGGCCUGACGACAGAAGAGACGCCGAAGAGGAACUAGUUGGCACAGUUUUUGAUAAAGGGUU